UUCAAGUAUCAAUAUUUUAUUAAAAUUGAAUGAAAAAGAAGCAAAAAAUGUUCUUUUUGCAGAGAACUUGACUGAAUUUGACACUCUUUUGCAGAAAUUGAUAGUUUUCAAUGUAAAUAUUGGAAAAAUCAUAGCUUGUGGAAGUCUGAAAAUUAGUUGUUUGUAGCCGAUUGACUCCCUGGCGGAAGGGUUAUGUAUUUGAACUCAAUUUUGACAGUCGGGUCAAUGGUCAACAUGGUGUUUUCUUGUGAUUAUAUUUUGUGUCUUGAAUUGUUCUAGAGAUGCCAUGUCCUUGUUUUUCAAUUGGGGUGUGUAUAAAGUCAAAAGCCAGAAUGGCGGCUGCAAUGGCGCCGGGGUCGGUGGACGUGAAUACCCAGAAUGAGCAGCACUACCUGCGCCUCCACCUUCUUGUCAUGAAGGCUGGUGACGUCCUCAGGGCCAAGUUUGACUCUAUUGCAACCCCGAACAAUCUGCUCAAUGAACUGAAAAAACACAAACGUGUGAUUGAUAAAUUGCAGAAAAAUGAUAUAAUCACAAGUGACCAAUAUCGUCUAAUUCAUCCUAAUCCAGACUCAAAAAUGUUUGACGUUAGUCUGCUAAUUGUUCUGCUUAGAAACUUAUGCAACUUGCAGCCACUGCAUCCUAUUUGGAAGGAGAAGGAUAACAACAAAAUAUUUAAGAACAUGCAUCCUGAAAUUGCAAACAUCGUUCGGAUAAGGAAUCUCCGAAACAAGAUGCAGCAUAAGCAUGUUGCUAGUCUGGACCAAAAAGAGUUCGAAGAUGAUUGGAGUCUGCUGGAAAGUUCGAUGGUUGUUCUUGGCCAGUCAUGUGGACUGAACAGCGUGAAAGCUGAUAUCGAAGACCUGAAGAAAAAGAGUCUCGGCCAAGUUCCUCCAGAAAUUGAAAGCCUCCGAGAGAAGACCAUUUGGUUAUAUAAGGAGUGCUGUGAUUGUAAGUUUAAUGAUGAAAACUUCUAUGAUGACUACGGUGCGGACGAUAACUAUGAUGAAGAUGUAAUGGAUGAUCGAGACUAUGCAGAUUUUGAGGACUUAAACGAAGGCUGUGAUGAUGAGUUAAGUGUGGAAAACAACAAUGAUGACUACGAUGCGAACGAUAACUAUAAUGAUGAUGUAGAAGAUGAUCGAGACUAUGCAGAUUUUGAAGACUUAAACGCAGGAUGUGAGGAUGAGUUAAGUGUGGAAAACAACAAUGAUGACUACGAUGCGAAUGAUAACUGUAAUGAAGAUGUAGUAGAUGAUCGAGACUAUGCAGAUUUUGAGGACUUAAACGCAGGCUGUGAGGAUGAGUAAAGUGUGGAAAACAACAAUGAUGACUACGAUGCGAAUGAUAACUGUAAUGAAGAUGUAGUAGAUGAUCGAGACUAUGCAGAUUUUGAGGACUUAAACGCAGGCUGUGAGGAUGAGUUAAGUGUGGAAAACAACAAUGAUGACUACGAUGCAAGUGAUACAUUUAAUGCAGAUUUAGAAGAUGAUCGAGACUAUGACGAUAUGGAUGACUCCAACAGAGGCUAUGAUGAUGACUAUUAAGUGGAAGCCUAGUGUAAUGAAUUCGAUACGGACGAAUAUCAUUAUGCAAAUGGGCUGAAUGAUAGAGGUUAUGAAGAUAAAGAAGACUUUAUAAGCGCUUUGAUGAUGAAGUUUAAGUAGAAAAGUGUAGUUUUUGCACAAACAUUUGACUCAAAGUUCACAGGGCACUUGAUAUUUUCAGACGGUUUUUUUCUUUCCGUUUAUGGUUUUCAAACUUAUUUGCUGUGGAAUUUCAUAAAUUGCACCGAGUGUUGAUCAUUUGUUAGUGGUAUUUUUAUACAAAUCACCAUUUUGAAUCAACUUAUUUAUUUUAAGAGCUCAAUACAUAGUGAACUUAGCCGUUUUUCUUUUGAAAGGUACUAUAUAUUUUCGUAAACUUUACCUACACUUUAGCUGUAUUCCUGUCAGAUUCAAGCUUGACGACAAUAAGUUAACCUACUUUCAAAUGCAAUAUAGUUUUUGAGAAUAUGCCAAGUCGGAAAAUAGCACACAACUGUGUGUUUCCAAUACAGUUUUCCACUAAUCCCAUUCUUUUUAAAAGUAAACACUAUUGCUGUAAGCUUGAAAAUUCCGGAUUAAGUUUAUCCGAAUGUCUUGAAUUUUCAAAAUUUUAUUUAAUAGAAAUUAAUAUGCAGCAAGUUAUGUUCUAGAAUUAAAAAAAUACCUUGUUUUCCUAAUGUCGAAAUAUAAGCACAUUGUACCAUAUUUCAGAAAGUACAAGUUUGCAGCUUCGUAUGUUUUGCUAUUUUCAAUGUUAACAUUAAAUAAAAAAUAAAAAACGCCGUCAUAUUAAUCUAGACUGGGUUUUGGUUAAAAGCAUACUUUCAGGAACUACGUUAGUGCCAGACUGCCUUCCCCGGUAGAAAGGCUUAUGGGAUUAAUACUAGUAGGCGUGUGUUCGUGUGUACGUCUGGGCAAUCUUGUCCGGAGCACAACUCAAAAAGUCUUCGAGGUAACGACUUCAAACUUCAUAUCUCAUUGAGAAAAUUGGAAUUGCAAAAGAUCCAUUAUUCUGGCUGCAGUGCGUUUUGAAAAAUGUUCUUUAUUUAUUUUUAUUUAUAAUGGACUUUACUUAAUGUUACCAUAAAUAAUAUUACAACACUAUUGUUUGAUUGAUUUUUUAAAUAAACUAUUAUGUUUUUCCAUUAUUUAUGCUAUUUACAUAUGUGUAUGUCCUGUUCCUACAAAGGCUUCAUUAAAAUGUUCGCCCAUUUGCGAACACAACAUGUUUUCAGUUUGGUCAAUUGCUUACACCAUAUGAAUAUUUUGCCAAAUUGGAAAGACCACAUUUCCACCAGUUUACCCUACGGCGAACACAUUAUUUAGAAUUAUUUAGGUACACAGCCAUGUAUUUCUUAGUUCGUUCUAAUCUUUACUUGUAGUGGUUAAUUACAGGUGCUCUUAAUGUUCAUUCGUGACACUAAAUGCAUUCUACAUGUUUUAAGAAGCAACUCCAUGUACAAAGUCCAGCAUAAAUCUUCCACAAUAACGUUAAUUUUCGAUUAUCCAUUAUUUACUGUCAACUCAUCUCAGAAGAUUACAAUUGAAUGGCAAUACAAUAUAUUGAGAAUAUAAAACUUUGACAUGUUUAAGCUGAAGAUUUUUUGGACUUGUAUUUGUGACAAGGAAGGAGAAACUAUGAUUACAUUCCGACCAUAAAUGUAUACAAUGGCUGUGAGAAUGAAUGUAUAUCUGGUUUGUUUUAAUGGUACUAGUAUUGCCCCAGCGACU